UGCGCUCAGGAAGUGCACUGGAGGUGCUCGGUGUGCGGCAGGUGCGGGGACUGCGCUCCUCGGCGAAGAUGCGCGUCCGCGGCGACUUUCGCGCACAGUCCGAGUCUCUGCUGAAGCGCAGCGCUCGAAACGAACUUUAAUUGCGAGCUACCGGUUCCUACGAGCGUGGGCCGAGGGAAGAAAAUCAUCAUGUCGCUUUCGGAACAGUCGCAGAAGUGGUUCCCGACCCACGUGCAAGCCACCGUCCUCCAGGCGAAAGAGCUGCAGCCCAAAGGCAAGAAUGGCACCAACGACGCCUACGCCAUCAUCCAGCUGGGCAAGGAGAAGUACUCGACGUCCGUGUCGGAGAAGACGCUCAACCCUGUGUGGAGAGAGGAGGCCUCCUUCGAGCUGCCCGGUCUCCUCCUCGAGGGCAACCCAGAAAUACACGAACUCUGUCUCAUCGUGAUGCACAGGUCUCUGGUGGGAAUGGACAAGUUUCUGGGCCAGAAGACCAUCAACCUCAAUGACAUUUUUGACAACAAAGAGAGAAGAAGAACAGACUGGUUCAGACUGGAAUCCAAGCCAGGUAAGAAGAGGAAGGACAGAGGACAGAUCCAAGUCAGCAUCCAGUUCAUGAGGAAUAACAUGACAGCCAGCAUGUUUGACCUUUCUGUGAAGGAAAAGCCUCGCUCACCCUUCUCCAAGCUCAAGGACAGGAUGAAGGGCCGUAAGCACGAUGGACUCUUCCCUGACACGUUUUCUGCCAUCGUACCCCGUUCAACACUUGGUGAUGCCGACAGCCCAUUCAGCACUGGUGUCAGCGCUGGAGACACUCAGCUAAAUUCCAAGAAAAAGCGACCCCAGCUGCUUGGUCCACAGAAGCUCUCAGCCGCCCAGUCUAUGUCUGACCUGAUCCAUUCCUGGCCCAAGAAUGAGUCCAGGAAUGUCACUGAAGAGAGCGGCCGCACGCUCUCCCCUCAUAAGCGCUCCCAGAGUGAAGUACCAGAGUGUAAAGCAGAGGCGAGUCAAGUGCACAGCGACUCCUUUGCUGGUAUUAUUGAAGCCCUGCCACACAAGUAUGCCACUUUGCCACGAAAUCACAACCCUUUUGAGGGCGACAGGUCAAUGACAUGGGACAAAGUGGACAAGAAGGAAAAGAAGGAGAAGGUCAGUCUGCUGGAGCGAGUGACAGGGAAAAAGGACGGCCGUAGCGUGAACAGUGACUGUCGAUCUGACAGCUUCGGCGAUCUUCGCUGCCCUAACCCCUUCAGCAGUGAUGCAUCAGGUGAUACCAACCCUUUCAUUCAACACUACAAAACAAGUGGUAACGUGCCUAAAAAUCACGAGGACAUCAAUUCAGGCGUUUCCAAACAUGAAGAAAAUCAAGACAAGAAUAAUGAUGCAAAACAAGUUUGUUUGGCCUCAUACAACAGCAUGUCCUUUCCUGAGGUGGUUCAGGAGUUGAUUAAGCAGAAAGAAAUGGUAAAGAAGAAAGAUGCUCACAUCCGAGAGCUAGAGGACUACAUCGAUGACCUGCUCGUCCGAGUCAUGGAAGAAACGCCCAGUAUUUUACGGAAGCCUUAUGAGCCGAAGAAGAAAGCAGGAAAAUUUCCCAAAUAGAAAAAAGAUUAAUCCAGUCAGAAUCUUAAAUUUAAAUAAGGUUCCAAAUGACUUUCAGAACACCUGAAUAGAAAUCUUAGAAAUCUUUAGAAUUUUAAAACUAGAUUUUUGUUUUGACAAGGCUCUUUGUAUCAGUAUCAGUUUUCUUAACAGAAAAUAUUGAUUAAAAAACACUGCACAUGUU